CCACCAGCAACUGCUGGAACUCGGUAAACCCGAGAUUUGACAUAACCGCAAAGUGCGUCUGUGUGUGUUUAGGAAACAAACUGCAUAACAGGCAGCAUAAGAGCGAAGAUUCCACGUGCCCGCAUUCCUCACAUGACGGUGCUCUGUGAAUUAAUUCGAUAUGAUUGCAGUAUAGAUAGCAUAAAGUAGUUCGCGGAUGUACGCCAGGAAUUGUUUACCCGUGGAAUCACUUUCUGGUGUAGCGCCCCCUACCGAACACACACCGCGGUGAAAAAAAAAACUGACACGUGGAUUUCUCCUCUGUGAGGCAUCAGGAAGAACAGACGCCUUCGCUCAGUUUCCGCUCAACCAUAAGAUUGUUUUGUUUUCUGUUCCACACGGCGAGGUAUGUGUCUCCGAACGCCGAAACUGCGCCGCGUCUUUUUCUUUCCUGAUCUUAAGGGAAGAAAUUAAAGCAAACAAUCGAGGCUGCCGCUCAGAUCACAAGGCGGUGUGUUGAAUGGCAGUGAUUCAAAAACAUGGCAAGAACUCUGCUCCAGAUUUGGUCUGUCACAAGGAGAACCAUUCGGCCGACAAGAUUGGAGUCCUUGGAGGUCACAAGAAGUGGGCCGAACACAACAACAACAACUGGCCAAGGCCGGUGGCGAGGGUUUGGACAGUGGUCCUCCUGCUUGGUACGUGCCUCCUCUACUGUGCCCGGGUGGCCAUGCCCAUCUGUGCUGUCAGCAUGGCAGAGAAGUUCAACUGGAGCAAAAAAGAGUCUGGUAUGGUCCUGGGCAGCUUCUUCUGGGGUUACUGCUUCACACAAGUGUUUGGAGGCUACGUCAGUGAUCGGGUGGGAGGAGAAAAGGUCCUCCUGCUCUCUGCUGCUGCCUGGGGCUCCAUGACUGCCUUCACUCCCAUCUUAGCACAUUUUUGCUCCCAGCCGAUCUUCUCAAUGACACUGGCCCGCUUCCUCAUGGGCCUUUUACAAGGUGAACUCACUUGAUUGUGCUAUACGGCACCUGAAUAGUCCUGGAGGUUUAGUUUGAAUAGGUGAAUGUCUGCAGUAGAUUGUUUGGUUGGUCCUUCAAGUAAUUCUGUUUUCACUAUCCAACCAUGGAACAAAAUUUGUCCUAUAGAACUUAAAAUGACUUUGUUUCUUGGUUACACUUGUACAAUCUGAUAUAAUAGCGGGAUAAUGUCGAUUAGAAUAAAACCAAUUUGUCACGAUCUCAACAAUAAUGAAUAUCCAUUAGGCAUCUCACAAUUU